AGUCCAAAGACUUGAGUUCGUUCGUCGAUGCGGUUUAAGUCUGCCCUGUCUUCGGGGAGACCCCCAAAGAGAUGACGGUCGGAUCGCAGAAAGGUAAGAGACGGAGGCGUCCCCCGCCGAGCUCCGACCUCCCCGCAUCGGAUACCAUGGCCCCCACGGCUGCCUCCGAUUUCGGUCGUUGCAAGAGAAGCCGAGGCUACUGUUGCAGGAGAGAACCCUCUCUCCCCGUUGCCCUCGUCGCCCUUUGCACCCUCCUCUUCGUCUACAUCACCUGGAAGCGGAUGACCGUUGCCGUUUCCGUGUCCGCUCCUCCUCGAUUCUACUCCUUUAACAUCGUCAAUGAGUUCCCCCACGACCCUGAUGCUUUCACCCAGGGGCUUGUAUAUGGAGGAAAUGAAACAUUAUUUGAGUCAACUGGUCUCUAUCAUAGAUCCUCAGUCAGACAGGUUCUUCUGCAGACUGGGAAGGUCCAGGUUUCGCACCAAAUGGAUGGAUCCUAUUUUGGAGAAGGUCUAACACUUUUGGGUGAAAGGUUGUUCCAAGUAACCUGGUUGACAAGAACAGGUUUCACAUAUGAUCGAUACAACUUUAGCAAACAACAUAGGUUUACUCAUCAGAUGCGUGAUGGAUGGGGACUGGCAACCGAUGGCAAAGUUAUAUUUGGGACUGAUGGAAGUUCAACACUCUAUCAUCUAGAUCCCCAAACCUUAAAAGUUAUUAGAAGAGUAACUGUAAGAUAUAAUGAUCAUGAAGUUCCUUAUCUUAAUGAGUUGGAGUAUGUAAAUGGUGAAGUAUGGGCUAAUGUCUGGCAGACAGAUUGCAUAGCUAGAAUAUCUCAUAAAGAUGGCAUGGUGCUUAGUUGGAUUCUUCUCCAUGAAUUAAGGCAAGGCUUGUUAAAAUCUGGACACACUGCUAUCGAUGUGCUUAAUGGUAUUGCUUGGGACGAGGAAAAAAACCGGUUGUUUGUGACGGGUAAAUUAUGGCCAAAGCUUUAUCAGAUCCACCUUCAUCCAGUUACUGGUCAACUGAAUGGUAGGUUAGAAGACCUUUGUCUUAUAAAGAAUGAAAUUUCAUAGUCAGCCAAGAUGAGUAAGUUCAUCAUGCUCUAUCCCAGUCUACCAAAGUGUACAAGAUCGUGAGUGAUGACUACUACAGAAAUGAGUAGCUAUCUUUUAGUUUCAUAAAUUGCAAAUAUAUCAGCUGAAUUUGGUACUUGUUUUUUUCUUUUUGUGAAUCUCAAAUAUAAUUUUGUAGUUCAUACUCACUGAUUUAUUAAUGCAUGUCCAAUGUAGGCUCUGUAUUAGAGCAGAGUCAAUGUAGGAAUCGCCAAUUGGAAGAUAUGGUUCCGAUAAACGUGAGAUCAAGCAGGUUUAAAGGAUUGAUUCUCCAAUAA